UUCACAUAUGCACCAGCAUCAUUGUAUAGCAUCAUGAACUAAAAGUUAACUCUAUCAAGUUGUUUGAAUAUUAGAUUGAUAGGCUUUUAUUGGACACUUGAAAUGAAAAUAUCCAUGGUCUUAUUUCAGAAUUUAACUAUCCAUGAAUGGGAAGUUAGGAAUAUUGUGCAAAAUGGAAGCAGCAUCGCUGUUAAUGCUGGAGGGUUAAACACAAAGAGUGAUAAUGGGGUGGUUGGUAAAAGUGUAGCUGCUGGUGGAAGUGGGAAUGGUGUGGAUCAAAACCGGUUUGCACAAAGAGAGGACGCCCUGACCAAAUUCUGGCAGAAGAGAAAGGAAAGAUGUUUCGAAAAGAAGGCCCAUGGAGGAGCAACGACAGCGCUAUGGGCCAUCUCUGUACAACCUUACCAAUAUGGUGCUUUCAAUUCGGUUGUUUCUUCUUCUUUCCUGGAGGCAUUUCGAGGUUCCAUGAAUUGGCAAAGUUUGAUGAGAAAAAGUGAAGCUGUCGUAAGCCUCUAUCUGAUCAUAAUGCACAAUGUUGCAAGCCGAUUGAAUGAAGGAUUUCAUAGCAUAUCUAAAAUCAACAUACUAAAGACUCAGUUAUUAAGAACAUUCGAUAUGAAAGAUCUGGGGGUUUCAAAGAGGGUUCUCGGCAUUAAUAUACAUAGAGACAAGAAGAAGAGCAAGUUUCAGUUAUUUCAGGCGGAAUACCUUGAGAAUGUAUUGAUCAAGUGUGAGAUGGAUAAGUCAAAGCUGAAACAAGAUCUGUCGAUGCCAUUGACAAACCAUUCGAUGCCAUCGAGAGCUCGAGAGCUGUUUGAUGCUAUUGUCAGACCAUUCGAUGCCAUCGAGAGCUGUUUAAUGCCAUCGACAGCUGCUUGA